AUGCGGUCCAACAUCGAGAUCCGAACGCUUUCCAACGGGCAGCCGUACCUGUACCUGCCUCAACUUGCCCAAUAUCUGCCAUUUCCACCACCAGUGGUCCACACCCCAUUCGACCCGAUUCACACCUCCACAAUCUUUCCGCUGCCACCGCCACCCCUUGGGAUCUCCUCGGCCAUCACUUCAUUCGACAUCUUCAAUGCUCCGAUCUCAAUGAUCCCCUCUCCGUUCACUCCGCUUCUGCCAAUCCAACUCCCUCUUCCGCUCCCUUUCCCAUUUGUGGCGGUCCCUCCUCCGCCACCACUCAUGUCACUUCGAAUUUCCACUCCGCCGACGUUCCGACCACAUCCGUACCACACUGAUUUAGCGGUAAGUUGAAAGAACGUUUGUCAAAUUCAAGUAUCAUCGUCAAAGUUUCUAGACGAAUACUACAAGGACACGCGGCAGACACGACGAAGAAGCUAAGAUUCAGCGUCGAUUAGCAGAUAUAAGAAGAGAAGUGAUUGCAACCAGGUUAGUAAAAAUGGGACCAAACUUUAAAAAACAUCAUUCCAUUCCAGACUCAAUCAGCAACUCCGUCGUCCCAAUCAAUCGAACGGAAACAGUGAAUCCGAGCGAGAGGACCCUGUGAUAAACAAGUGA